AUGCCGGUCGCUUCCCGGCCAAGUAUUUCGGCGGCCCCGGCGCUGCUCGCGACCCUGGAAAGACCCCCCGAGCCGGUCGAGCUGGUCGAGGUUUCCGCCCAGCUCCGUCCACUACUCGAGGCGGGCGUCGCGUCCAUCCCUGGCCUCCAUCUUUGCGGUGAGGACAACGGGUGGGGGGCUUCGGCCUUUAUCGGCUGGGGAGCUGCCAACGUGGAGGCAAAAGCCCGCGCGGCCAAGGACGCCCGGGAUCGGAAACUGGCCGAGGACCGCGAGCGCGAGGAGGCCAAGGAGAGGGCGUGGGAGGAGGAGAAGCGGGCGCUCAGGGAGAAGCCGCACAAGGACUUCACGGCCACCUACAAACCGACCCCGGGACCGCUCACGCUCGACGACCUGGUCGGGAGGUGGGAGGUCAAAGACAGCGAGCCCCUCGUCCAACCAUACGGCGACGACGAGAUGUUCAUGGAGAUCACCAAGGCGACCAGCGCCCACGGCGCCGCGGGCCGGUUUUCCUUCGGGCUGGUCGAAGGCGCACUCCUCCUCGCCAUGUCCGAGGAUUCGCUGCACAAGCUCAAGGACGAGCUCGAAGACUCCGAGGACGAUGGCGAGGAAGCUGACGGAUACGGCUGUGGCGUGCCUGUCGGGAAGCGCAAAGUCCACCAAGGCGCUGGCGGGCCCCCAUCAAGCGCAGGCUCGGCGAGGCACCCAAGCCCAACAGAGUGCAUUUCUUCUGGACAGGCGGCCAGCCCAACGGCGACUAUGAGACAACGAGCCCUAGAGAGGAGCACAGCCACUGCGGCCACCUAGACUUUGACCCGUGUAAGGCGACAGCGAAGGGUGUUUGGUAUAUUCCCAGUUUCUAUGGUGAGCAGGCACUACAGCUCGAAAUUGCCAAAGUCUCGUCCUCCCCUACACGAGCGAAGCCGGCCUCCCGGUUCCCGGGUAUGUGUCA